AUGUCGCGCCUACUUACACGGAAGGGCCAGGUCACCCUGCGCAGCCUCAAUGGCGGUUUGCACAGCAGCGUCUCCGCACCGACAGCUUACGCCACAACAAGAGCCGGAGUUCUGAGCUCACGACACACUGCCGCCCGAUGCUACGCCACUGACAAGCAGGAUGGGUCGUCUUUCAAGGGUCAAAUGCUCGAGUCUGUCCAGUCGCGCAUUGCCCGCGAAAAGCAGGAGCGCGCCAAGUUCGCCGCGGAGAGACAAACCACGGCAGGCUCUCGGGCUUGGGGUAUCACAUUCAUGUUCGUUGCUGGUGCUCUAGGAUCUUACUACCUUGGAACAUUAAGUCCUCGUGAACUCGACCCGAACUCGACCGUUCCGCUUUCCCAAUCUCACCCUCCACGACACAACCUUGGCAAGGCCAACCUCGAAGCCGCUUGGACAGACUUUGCUGCUGUAGUUGGCAAGGAGAAUGUCAGCACGCUGGAUGCCGACUUGGACACACACUCGACCUCGGGCUGGUCUUCGUACCGUGCCCAAAAGGAUGAGAAGCCAUUUUGUGUUGUAUUCCCCGGCUCCACUGAAGAGGUUUCCGAGAUCAUGAAGAUUUGUCACUCGAGGAGGAUACCAGUUGUUGGCUACAGCGGAGGUACAAGCUUGGAGGGACAUUUCACACCCACAUCAGGAGGCAUCAGUAUUGACUUUAGGCGCAUGAACAAGAUUCUCAAGUUGCACAAGGACGAUCUAGACGUUGUAGUUCAACCUGCAGUUGGAUGGGAGCUUCUUAAUGAGGAGUUGGCCAAAGACAACUUGUUCUUCCCUCCCGACCCAGGCCCAGGUGCCAUGAUCGGUGGUAUGAUUGGUACCGGAUGCAGUGGCACAAAUGCGUAUCGUUACGGCACCAUGCGAGAAUGGGUCAUUUCUCUGACUGUUGUUCUCGCUGAUGGAACUGUCAUCAAGACAAGACAGCGCCCAAGAAAGUCUUCAGCAGGCUACGAUCUGACCAAGCUCUUCAUUGGCAACGAGGGGACAUUGGGAUUGGUCACAGAAGCGACACUCAAGCUGACGGUGAAGCCACAAAGCACCAGCGUCGCCGUUUGCGCCUUUGACACCAUCCGCCAGGCCGCAGACUGCGUUGGCAAGGUGGUCGGCCAAGGCGUUCCGGUAGCCGCUGUGGAGAUUCUGGAUGAGGAGCAAAUGAAAUGCAUCAACAAAGCAGGCAUGACGUCCAAGGAAUGGAAAGAGGCACCUACCCUCUUCUUCAAAUUCAGUGGCACAGAGCGCGGAGUCCAGGAACAGAUCCAGAUUGUCAAGAACAUGGCUCGCAGCACGGGCUCCAAAAGCUUUGAGUUUGCCAAAAGCGAGGAGGAGAAGACCGAAUUGUGGAGUGCACGGAAAGAAGCAUUGUGGAGCACACAAGCAGUGGCAAAGGAGGGCGACAACGUUUGGACUGGUGAUGUCGCAGUCCCUAUCAGCAGGCUGCCUGACCUCAUUGAGCUGACAAAGAACGACAUCAAGAAGAGCGGUCUGUAUGCAACCAUUGUGGGCCAUGUAGGUGAUGGAAACUUCCACGUCAUUCUGCUUUCAAACGACAACCAGAGACUUGAAGCCGAGGAGUUGAUGCAUAGUAUGGUCAAACGGGCUGUGGAAAUGGAGGGUACAACUACGGGAGAGCACGGUGUGGGAUUGGUCAAGAGAGACUACUUGCCGCAUGAGCUUGGUGAAAGCACCGUGGACACCAUGAGAAAGGCAUUGCAAAAAAACACGAGAUUUUCAAUGCAGCUUGCCACUUUUACUGUUCUCCAUCUCAAUCCAAUGUCUGUUUGA